GUGCGUAGUGUACGGGCUUUUUACCCAGUUUUCCAGUCAGAAAUAUCUUUGUGUUGGAAACGUUUAGUAGAUAUGUUCAGAAUAAGCAAGUGUGUUUAAGAAAAAAGAAGAAUUUCCUGGGAGUAGUUACGGUAGCUGUAUGCUGUAUGCAAUUUCAACAAAUACAUUUUUGUUUUGUUUUGUUUUGUGAACCGGAAGUGAAAAGGAUAACGUUUGUGCCACGGAGACUGUACUUUUGUACACAUUUCAAGCCGCUGGCUCUGGUCUGAAUUCAAUAUGAUAGAAGUUAUUGCAAACAUUGUUCGAGGGUCUGUAUUUCUAGCCGGUGAGACAUUAGAAUGUACCGUUACGUUCAGCAAUCCUGUCUGCGAUAAUGUCAGUACGAGCAAGCCUGAUACGUUGACCUGGGCCAGUGCACAGCUUAGUUGUCAAUGCAAUGUGAGUGAGAGUCGAGUCAUUCAACCACCAAGAAGAACUGAUCUCUCACAGUCUGGAAAUACAACUAGCUUCGUACCAGCUAGAGGUGAAAGAGGAGUCACCGUUGUAUCAACACAUCCACGGAUAUUAUUCUGCAAUCUCACACUGUCUCCGGGAGAAUCAAAAACAUUUAUUUACAGAGAACGUAUACCAAGAGAUGCACCACCAUCAUAUAAAGGACAGUCAGUAAAAUAUUCCUACAAAGUGACUAUUGGAACACAAAGACUAAAUUCGGCAACAAAAUUGCUCCGAAUACCAUUCAGAGUAUUGGUUGUUUAUGGUUUAGGUGAUACAAGCAUCUAUGAAGAAAGUCAACGCCCAAGUAAUCCAUUUUUGGCUGAACAGAAGAAGGAAACAUCAUUAUUAGACAUGGCAUUGCAAGUUAUUACUACGAUAACAUCAAGAAGAACCCCAAAUUUUUAUAACAUCACCAAUGAUCAAGGUAAAGUUGGACGGUUCUGUUUAUUUAAACCAGCUUAUAAAAUAGGAGAGGACAUCAUUGCUACGUUUGAUUUCUCAGGUGCUACAAUACCAUGCCUGCAGUUUAGCGUUGCUUUGCAAAGUGAAGAGAAUAUAUCGGAGGAAUGUAGGCGUAAACCGAGUCAGACAUCUGCUGUUACGACUUACAGUAAACAUGAAGAAUUCUGUCUUCAUACCACGAAAUCACAUAUACAAUUACCUAUACCACUGCAUUUAACACCAGGAUUCAUCACUGAUAUUGUGUGUCUCUGGUACCACCUCCAUUUUGAGUUCAUCACUGCCAGCCAGCCACUUCCUGACCAUGUGAUACCAGCUGACCAAUCAGAGAGCUCCACAUGGCAAGGACCAAAAAAUGUAGAAGUAGAGACCAUGGUGUGGGAUCUACCAGUCAAAAUCGUACCAACCAAUCCGCUUCAAGCUACGAGCAUCUCCAUAGCAAGGGCCUCCAACUCGGUCAAUGUUUGACCCGGAUUCAGAUUUUGUUCCCAGUUUGUGUACUCUUGAAAGCAUUCCUACUAUACCAGGGCAGGUGAACAUAAUGAGAAGUCCAUGCCACAAAUUAAAUACAAUGUAAAUUCAGUUUCGAUUUGCUAUAUUUGUUUUAGGUAAAAAGCAUGUAUGUAAAACUUGUUGUACUAUGAGUUAUUUUUAACAUUCCUAUACCUGCACGGAUUUGAAUGAGUCUGAUAUGUCCUGUGUAUACCUUAGAAUUACGCAGUUGAUUUUCAGUGUCCUGAACUCCUGCCAUACAUAAUUUGGAUCAUUGAUAGUACACAUCACAAAUCUUAUACAUGAAUUAUAAAUGAAAACUUGAAAAUUAAUUUCGGAAAGGAUUCCUUUUGCACCCCUAACACUAACCCUACCCCUUGUAGUAGAGAAAGCAUUUACAAUUACAAUUGAAUUUGGGGGCUUGGGGGUGAUGAUUAAAUUAGGGGGUAGGGUAAAAAAGGAACUCUUUCCGUAAUUCUGAUAAUCAGAAAGUUUGUUUUCUUAUUUGGAUAGUGGAAUAUUUACUGUAAUUCAUUAUAGGGGGCAAUAUUUUAUUCAAAAAUUAUUAUUUACGACUAGAGCAUUCUGAUAAAAAGGCAUUAUGUUAUCUAUCUGUGGAAUGUGUUAGAUCAGUGCACGUUCAUUAUUACUUGCAUGUGUAUAAGGGGUAAACCAUUUAGAAUGAAAACAUUUGAGUUGACAGGUUUAUAUCUAAGCCAAAUAGCAUAUAGCUGUUAUAAUAAUAUUUGUUGAAAGCAAACACCAUAACUGAUUUCACCCCUCUCACCAUCCUGCAAAUCAUCGCAAUGCUCUGGCUGUCGGUAGUCAAUGUAAUAAAUUUAUAAAUUGUUUUUCCAAAUUCACUACAUUUUUGUAAUUACAUCUAGAGGUGACUUCGUAAGUUAUAUGGAAACAGUUAUUAUCUUGUGAUUUCUGUUCUCAAUUAUCGCAUUAAACUAACCACCGACAAAUUGAAGAGAGCAUGCCCCCAAGCGUCGUCCCUAAAAUUUCAAUAGUCUACAAAAAGCUUUUCUUAACAGUAAAUAAAAUUUGUAUAUGGAUAUGUAACUUGUUAAAUACUUAAUA